UGCAGAUGGGUAUCGGCGCCAUUCCCGAUGCAGUGCUGGCCGACUGCACCCAACACAAGGACCUGGGCGUCCACUCCGAGAUGUUUUCGGACGGUGUCGUCGAUCUCGUCAAUUUGGGUGUUAUAACGAAUCGGUUUAAGAAACUGCAAACAGGACUCAUCACCGCCUCGUUCUGCAUCGGCUCGAAAAAGUUGUUUGACUUCAUGGACGACAACCCCUACCUAACGAUGCUGGGCAUAGACUACGUGAACAGCGAGUUCAACAUCGCCCAGAACCCGAAGGUGACGGCCAUUAACGCCUGUAUCGAAGUGGAUCUCUUGGGACAGGUGUGUUCCGACUCCAUCGGCACCAAAGUCUACUCAGGUUUUGGAGGACAGGUAGACUUCCUGAGAGGCGCCGCCAAUGGUUUGGACGGCAAGGGAAAGCCUAUUCUGGCGAUGGGUUCGAUCACAAAUAAGGGAGAGUCGAAAAUCGUGCCGUUCCUGAAACAGGGCGCCGGUGUGGUGACCACCAGAGCUCAUCUCCACUAUUUAGUGACCGAAUACGGCAUCGCAGAGCUGUUUGGCAGGAAUUACCGC